AUGGCAAUUUAUGAUUACGAACUUUACCAGCAAUUCAACGGCCAGCCUUCCUCUUCCUCAUCGUCGUCGUCGCAACUGUCGAAUGAAUCUGUUGACUCCUUCCAAGACGACGAUGUUCUCCUCAAGCUGUGGUCUACUAUUCACCGCUUAGAAGAGGAGUUGAAGCAUGAGAAGGAGUGCUCGGAGAAGUUGACCGAGCAGGUUAGGUCACUCUCAGACAAUCUCCAACUGUCGGCAUCUCUGGUUGAAAAGCAGCUGCAGCUUCCGUGUGUAAAAACUCCCUCGGUUAAGGACUUUGACAUCAACGAUGAGAUUGAUACCAAUGGUAUGCGCCCUGAAGAUGAGAAGGCCGCACUGGACGCCCUGGCAAGCCUUGCCGAUGUCGACAAGCCCUUCCCCACUCACGGUGUGCCUCUGUGGCAUGUACUUCGCGCCCUUAGUGGUGUUGAAGAAGAUCGCGUCUUCACCGUGAGAAGGAUCCAGAAGCUCGGGUUUGACUCUGCUGUUAAGCUGAGAGAGUACUUCUCAAUGUGGGGAGAAGUUUCUAAUCUAUUUAUACUGCAUCGUCAGGCUAAGGCAUCAUCAGUUUCUGACGGUGACGGCAGCAGCAACAACUCUGCCGUUCGUGUUCGUCCACCCAGUGUUGGUUUCGUUGUGAUGGAAGACCCCUUGGUUGUGAGGAGAAUACUAGCCCAGCCCAAGCAUGUUAUUUAUGGUCACACAUGCGAUGUUCAAGAGUUUGAACACAAGCAUAAGCUUUUGUUGCCUCCUCCAGGUCUCGGUGGUGAACCUACGACGGUCCUUACCGCACCUACUGGUCACUCUAAGAAGGAUCUUCAGCCGCCGAUGGCAUCAGUGAAUAAUACAGUCGAAAGUCUUGACCCCUUUGGUGUUUGGGAUGGCGGUGUUGAUAUGUUCUCCUUACCUGGCUAUGGUACUACUACCAGCUUUGAUUUCCCUGAAUGUGUGUUCCCACAACACACUGCAGCCUACGAGACCGAGAUGGACUGGUUCAUGUUGCCAUUCUCAACACUUGGGGUUGUUCAGGUCAUGGAGAGCCUUCUGCCUCUCACGGGUUGCGGAGCUUGCAUGAUGCUUUGCACGCAUUCACUUUCAUACAUUUUCUGUCCCCAGUAUUCUAUGUGGAGAAUGAUGCGCAAUAUGGCGGAGACCUGCGUCUGUGCUGGUCUCGGGGCAUCGGGCAUCGUUGCUGAGGUUUGGUGA